CUUAUAGAGAUAAGCGACCGGGGAGAUCAGGCCGACUUAAAUUCAGACUCAACCUCCGGCACGUCUUAGCGGGGAGGCAGUCCCCGCUCCCAAUUCCGAGCCUGCUUCUUACCAAAACUAAGAAAGGCCAUAAAUGAACUAAGAAGUAAAGCAGGACGGUUCAGAACUCACAAAAUGGAAGUGUAAAGAAAGGAGUGGCGUCUUUUCCUAGGUGGGAUCCAAUAAAAGCUUCCUGAAGGCAGUAACAGGGCAGGAAAGUUGAGCUAAAGGUAUGGGAAGAAACCUUUUCAUCCAGAUGUCCUUAGUGAUGACAUGGAUCAGUCUGGAGUUCUCCUCUGGGUAAAAGCAGAACCCUUUAUAGUGGGUGCCUUGCAGUUCCCCCCUCCAUCCAAGUUCAGUCUUCACUAUCUCAAGAAGAUAGCCACCUAUGUGCGAACCCGUGCUAUAGAAAGGGCUUACCCACGCUUGUCCUGGUCUGCAUGGAGGCAUAUUGCUUGUGGGAAGCUGCAGUUGGCCAAGGAUGUGGCAUGGCUGUACUUCGAAAUAUUUGAUAGCCUUUCAAUGAAGUCGCCUGAGGAACGUCUGGAGUGGUCUGAGAUUUUGUCUAACUGCAUAUCUGAGGAUGAAAUCGAAAAGCAGAGAAAUCAGCUUUCGGUGGACACCCUACAGUUUCUGCUCUUCCUGUACAUACAGCAGCUGAACAAGGUGUCCCUGAGGACAUCUUUGAUUGGAGAAGAGUGGCCUAGUCCCAGAAACAGAUCUCAGUCUCCUGACCUGUCUGAGAAGUCCAGCUGCCAUAAUAAGAACUGGAAUGAUUACAGUCACCAGGCUUUUGUCUGUGACCAUCUGUCAGAUCUCCUUGAGCUGCUUUUAGAUCCAGAACAGCUCAGCACGUCCUUUCAUUCGACCCACAGUAGUUUAGUCUCUCGAGAAGCUGUUGCGGCGCUCAGCUUUCUCAUUGAAGGCGCGGUGAGUGGAGCCAGGAAGAUCCAUCCGCUUCAUGAACUUGCGCUGUGGCCACCAGUACACGCAGACAGUGGCUUCUCGAAGACCUCUAAGACCUUCUCUUUCUACAAGCUGGAAGCCUGGUUGAGAGCCCACUUGACUGGGAAUCCAUUUGGUACUUCUGCUUGCCUCAAGUCAGGAAAGAAAUUGGCUUGGGCUCACCAAGUUGAAGGUACGACCAAAAGGGCCAAGAUUGCUUGUAAUACUCACGUGGCUCCUGGAAGGCACCGCCUGGUAGUGAUGAGCCAGGUGUACAAGCAGACACUGGCCAAGAGCUCAGAUGCUCUGGUGGGGGCGCACGUCCGCAUUCACCGUUGCAACGAAUCUUUUAUAUACCUGCUCUCUCCCCUUCGAUCUGUGACAAUUGAGAAGUGCAGGAAUAGCACCUUUGUCUUGGGCCCUGUAGAGACUGCUCUUCACUUGCACUCUUGUGACCAGGUUAAAGUUAUUGCUGUUUGCCGUCGUUUGUCCGUCUCUUCUACAACAAGUUGCAUCUUUCAUAUUCUGACACCUACGCGCCCACUUAUUCUCUCUGGGAACCAGCGUGUAACUUUGGCUCCUUUUCAUACCCAUUACCCAAUGCUAGAGGACCACAUGGCCAGGACGGGCCUUGCUACAGUGCCUAACUACUGGGAUAAGCCCCUGGUCAUCUGCAGAGAGAACAGUGACUCAAGUGUCUUCCAGCUCUUACCCCCAUGUGAAUUCUAUGUAUUUAUUAUUCCUUUCGAAAUGGAAGGGGACACAACAGAGAUACCUGGGGGUCUUCCACCUGCAUAUCAGAAAGCACUGAGCGAAAGAGAACAGAAGAUCCAGAUCUGGCAGAAAACUGUGAAGGAAGCUCGUUUAACAAAGGAUCAAAGGAAACAGUUCCAGGUACUCGUGGAGAACAAGUUCUAUGAAUGGUUGGUUAAUACCGGACACCGCCAACAGCUGGACAGUCUCGUCCCCCCUGCAGUAGGCUCCAAACAAGCAGCAGGAUAGGACUCCUACAUCAGAUCACUGGGUCCUGGACACACAAGGAUGCGUGGAGGAGGGUGCGCAUUGAAAAUUAAAUUGGGAAGGCACUCUUGCUGCUUAAGAGACUUGGGAACUUUUUCUCCUGUAGAAGACUUUCUAUUGAUUUCCAUUCCACACUUACUACUGUUUAGGUUGGGUUUAAGCUAAACUUCUGACUUUUAUGUAAACAAAUUGUUCGCGCAACAGAAGACUCGUGUUUGGGCGGCAAAAAUGAAAACUUGAUGAAGGCACUCCCAUUUUAUAUAUAUAUAUAUAUAUAUUUGCUAAUAUUUAAAUAUUU